ACGACCGUACGAAAUAGACGAAGAAAUCUUGCUGUUUUAUAAAGAUGAGCUUACUAACUUGGGAUCUAAUGGAACCGGGUCUUGUGACAUUAACGGAAGCAGAAAACAGAUUCUUGGAGAUGCUUCUUACACAAGUUCCAGGAAGAGAAGUUAUUUAUCCGGGAAAGGAUGCGAUUACAAACCUUCCACCAAGAAAUCCACCACCACCGAAAGUUACCCUCGUCAAUAUCGUAAUAAAGUUGUUGGAUCCCAUCAAAUUUCCAGUUCAAUCGCAAAACGCAAGAGGAAUGAUUAAUGAACUGAGUAUUUUAAGUUUCUUACAUGGUGUGAUUGGUUUAAACGUGAUGGGAAGGUGUAAAACUCCAACUCCAACUCCAACUGUGAUUCCUUGUUGUCAACCUGGGAAUCCUGGAUUUAAAACUUCUGGCGAAAUUCAUGCCUUUUCUUCUCUGGAUACUAUAGAAACUAUUGAAAAUACAACUCCAGAAAAAUGUUAUGAAGAAUCUUUUAAUAAACCUGAUUUUGAAAUUAAAGAAGUUGAAGCAAUAUUAGAAGGUGUUAAAAUAUCUAGAAAGAAACAUGAUGGUGGUGGUGACAAUCCUAGUCCUUUAGAUAAUGAUUUCGUUCCCCAAAAAGAUUUAUUCGAUCAUAUUAAUAAUAUUAUUAAUAAUGUCGUACCUGAAUUAAAAAGUAAUGUCACUUCCGAAAAACAAGCUUUAACUCACGAUCGUCGUAUAGCAAGAUGGUUCGAUGCCGCUAAUUAUGCUGAUAAAUCGAUCAAUGUUACUUUAAAUCGAUUGAAACAAAUAAAAAUCAAAUCUUAUAAAAUUAUUGAUCUCGAUAAAAAAGCCAAUGAAAUUAUUACUACAAUAAAAGAUUUAACUGAUAAUGAAGAUCAAACAGUUAUUGAUUUAAUGAAAAAACAAUUAAGAAAUCUUAAUUUACUCGGUUCAAUGGAAAGUAUGCGUAAUCAGAUAACUCAAAUAAGGAAGACACUUAUUGAACAUAAUGAUGCUGAUUUGGUCAUGGGUGAUGUUAUAGAUGUUGAAUCUCAAAUAACUGAAUUUGAAAGUGAUCUUUUAAAUGAUGAUUCCGCACUUGCGAAAGCUUUAAAGCAAAAGCAUGCUAAAUUACUACUAACAAUUCAAAAUAUACGUGUUGCUUUGAUCGAAAAUAAACUUCACAUUGCCGCAUAUUCAAGUCCUUCGUCUCUAAAUUCUCCUACUUCUGCUGGUUCAAAAUUUGAUCGGGUUAUCGUUAAAAAUAAUUUAGAAAAUUUUUAUGCACGUUUAAUUUCUCCUCCAACUUACUAUAUGAUUGAUACAGAAAAUGAAACUGAAGAACCUGAACGUAUACAUGGUCUUACUUGUAAUGAUGAUCAUGUUGCUGAAAUUACUGAACGUUAUGAUAAGAUUGAAUCUGAAUUAACUUCUUUUGAGAGAACCCUAUGGGUCGAAUUUUGA